AGGUGAUUGAAACCAACCCUAAGCUCUUUUCAUCUCCGCUCUAAAGAUAUUGUUUACGAUAAAUGAGGUUUCUAUAUAUGGUCUCUGAGAUGCUUAUUGCUGGGCAAGCAAGAAUAUAAUCUAGUAAUGGUGUUUCAUUACCGGGUUUCUCUUCUUCUUCUUCUUCUCUGCGUGCUUACAUUCAUCGGUUUUGACAUUGCUGAAUCUGCUAACUGCUACAACAACGGGAACUUCACUGUAAACGGAACGUAUGGCAGGAACCGGGACCUCGCUCUCUCUUCUCUAGCCUCUAAUACCUCAGAAAAUGGUGGUUUCUACAAUACCAGCGUCGGUGAAGAUCCCAACAAAGUGUAUGCUCUAGCGCGUUGCAGGGGAGACCAUUCUGCAAAGGAUUGCUCCAGCUGUAUCAAUUCAACAAUCCAAGAUCUCAUCACCAACUGUCCAAACCAAAAAGAAGCAAUUUUCAUGGGAGAUUGUACGAUACACUAUGCAAAUCGCUACAUCUUCGGAAUUCUUGAGCAAUCUCCGCAUUAUGAAUUCUAUAAUACAGGUGAUCUCACAGUAAAUUUGACACAGUUUGAUCAGAUUUGGGAGAGUUUAUUGGAUGGUUUAGUGAGAAAUGCUUCUGCUGGAACUUCUAGGCUUAAGUUUGCCACAGGAGAAGCAAAGUUAACACCAUUUCAAACAAUUUAUGCCCUUACGCAGUGCACUUCCGAUUUAUCUCAAAGUGAUUGUGAUUUCUGCUUGAGGCAAUCCGUCCUUAAUUUCGAAAAUUGCUGCCAUGGGAAGCAAGGAGGUGGUGUUCAGAAACCAAGCUGUUUUUUCCGGUGGGAUUUGUAUCCCUUCUAUACCCCUCUUCCACCUCCACCUAGCGGUCCUCCUCCGGUUUCUAGCAGCCCUUCUCCGGUUUCAAAUUCAAAUAAUACCACAACUGCAAAAGACAACAGACGAAUUGCUACACAAACUCUUAUAAUCGUUGUUGUUGUUUCAACCAUUGGCUUCAUGGCAAUUCUUGCCAUUACUUGGAUUUCUCAAUAUAUGCAGGCAUGGAAAAAUUGGAUGGAAGGGACUGCUCUGAAUUUUAUAGAUCCCAUCUUGAGGGACGGUUCGAGGAGUGAAAUGUUGAGAUGCAUGCAGCUAGGCUUACUAUGUGUUCAAGAAAAUGUUGCUAGAAGGCCAACCAUGGCUUCUGUUGUUCUCAUGCUUAGUAGCAGCACUGUAUCUCUUCAAGUGCCUUCAAAACCAGCAUUUCUUAUGGACUCUAUCACUGAGCCAGAGUACUCAUCAUUUGCAUCAGCAUCUGUAUCUGUUCAAUCCAAAAGAAGAUCCACUGAUUUCACAUUAAAUGAGGUUACAAUAUCUGAUUUUGAUCCUCGAUAGAGUUUGUGAAUUAAGCUGUACGGUGCUUUUGUGAAUCAUCUGCACUAUCCCCACUACCUUGUUUUACCAUAUACACCGGGUUUGUUUGUUUUGCUGAAUUCUUCUUUGAGCAAGUAGGUUCAUCAUCAUCACUUGAUCUUAGGUUAGUUUAAUCCAAGUGAUUUAAGUCUCAAAGUGAGCAACCGAAGCAGACAUGUUACUUAAUAAAUCUGUAGACU